AUGGAUACUGGAUAUCUGUGGAUUUAUAUUAACAAGGUACAUGGUCAUCUCAAAUUUUUUAAUUUACAUUAGAUUAAUUUUUCUUAUAAAUAUUCCUAUACUUCCCCCGGGAUUUUGUAAUCUCUUCCUUUUGAAGUCAGAACAGUAAAUUUUACUAUCCAAUUAACAACAGGUACAAAUUAAAUUUCUGGCUAAAUUAAAUUUACAUCUAAUGCAAUUUAAGGAUAGGUUUCAUUAAAAAAUAUUCAUGUCUCUAAACGAUAAUAUUAUCCAUCUUGUAUUUCAUGCACAGGUCCAGAGAAUAAUUAGUGUACAUAAUGCUAUUAUGGAAUACCAAAAAACAUUUUUCCAACUUGUCCACCUAAUCAAUAUUAAUAGAGGUUAAAUGGAUGCAAAGAAAUUUGUGAAAUCUACUCUCCAUUUUAUUCGAAUGGAUUUUGGUAAAAUUAUCUUAGUAAUUAUUAUUAAUUAAUAUAAUAUAGUUUCUACUAUAGAAUAUUGUAUAGCAAGAGGCACCAACUCUUAAGAUUUGAAAUGGUAGUUAAUAUAUGACUAACAGCAUGUAGAUACUUCUCCAAAAAUUAUUGCUGUAAAUCCAUAUAUAUUUGGUGUAUUUAAAUUUAAUUCUGGGAUCUAUAGAUAUUUCAAAGGGUUGUCUACCUAUUUGUAUGCAACCUAUUUAAUUGGGUUAAAAGUAAAAAUAUCCUUUUUUAAUGAUAUUCCAGUUAAUUGUGGAAUGUAGUUUAUGAUUAAUAAUACUUAUUAUGGAUCUAUUUAUAAAAAUGCCUUUAGAAUUUAAACUCAUAAAUAAAUUAAAAAUUUCAAACUAUUCUUCAAAUUAGGAAUCUUAUUUAACAUAUUCCUUCCUAAAUAUUCAUUUUUAUUUUCAGCAAAAGGGAAUUAUACGUAAAUAAUCAUUUAUUAAGAUUAGUGAUGGCACAGUAGGUUGGUGA